AUGGAUACACCAACUGAAUUACCGGUUCGCCCAAAACCAGUGGAGGAAGUGAACAAGCCAGGUGAAGAACAGAAAUCUGCUGCAGAACAGAAGUCACCAAAAGAAAAGAAGCAAAAGGAGAAGAGGCCGAAAGAGAAGAAACCAAAGCCUGAAAAGGCUCCCUCCGAGUCGAAACGCGCUGCUCCAGCUCCCAAUGACCCCGAUGCGAUGUUCAAAGUCGGCUUUCUUGCUGAUGUGUAUAAAGAAAGGCCGCUUGAAGCCACCGCCAACAAACAGGUGGUAACGCGAUUCCCUCCCGAGCCAAAUGGCUAUCUUCAUAUCGGCCACAGUAAAGCUAUGACUGUCAACUUUGAGUUCGCAAGAUAUUACGGUGGGAUAUGCUACUUGCGUUUCGAUGAUUCCAACCCCAAAGGUGAGGAAGAGCGAUAUGUCGAGAGCAUCAAAGAUAUAGUCAGCUGGCUGGGUUUUACGCCGGUAAAGAUCACCCAUACCAGCGAUUAUUUCGACCAGCUGUAUGAACUCGCGGAAAAAUUGAUCCUGAAGGACAAAGCAUACGUCUGUCAUUGCACAGAUAGCGAGGUCAAAGCCCAGCGUGGUGCAGAUGAUACUUCGGACAAAAAGGGCAAUGAAAGAUUUGCUUGCGCCCACCGUGACCGUCCCACCUCUGAGUCACUCGCCGAAUUCCGUGCAAUGCGUGAGGGCAAAUACCGCGCACGAGAGGCGGCACUCCGCUUAAAGCAAGACUUAAAAAACCCAAAUCCUCAGAUGUGGGAUCUUUUUGCAUACCGAGUUGUUGAAACAGAUGAUGGCCAGUUUGCAAAACAUCUGCAGACAGGAGACAAGUGGAAAAUAUAUCCAACGUAUGAAUACUGUCACUGCGUAUGUGAUAGCUUUGAGAAUAUCACUCACUCACUUUGUACUACGGAGUUCGAGUUAUCGCGUGAGUCCUAUGACUGGGUGGUUAAUGAGCUUGACAUCUACAAGCCAAUGCAAAGAGAAUAUGGCCGACUAAAUAUUAACGGUACCAUCAUGUCAAAGCGGAAGCUUGUUGAGCUCAUUGAAGGUAACGAGCCAAAGGGAUGCAACCGUGGGAAGUAUGUCAAGGGAUGGGAUGACCCUCGUCUUUUUACUCUCGUUGGCCUUCGUCGACGUGGAAUUCCUCCACAAGCAAUCUUAUCCUUUGUGAAAGAGCUCGGAGUUACAAAGGCAAAGACCACAAUUGACGUUAAACGUUUGGAACAGUCUGUGAGAUCCUAUCUAGAGUCGACAGUGCCCAGACUUAUGCUUGUUAUGGACCCUAUCCCUGUAACCAUUGAUAAUCUUCCAGAAGACUACGUCGAGAUGAUUGAGUUGCCCUUCUCAAAGGACCCUAACCAUGGUUCCCACACUGUUCCAUUCACCAAUACCGUCUACAUUGACCGCAGCGACUUUAGGGAGGAAGCUUCGGACAACUUUUUCCGGCUUGCGCCCGGUGGCUCGGUUGGUCUGCUAAAGGUUCCAUUCCCGAUAACCGCCACAUCUUUCGAAAAGGAUCCCUCUACUGGUCUAGUUACUUCGAUUCAUGCGAAGUACGAUAAACCUGAGGGAGAUGAAAAGUUCAAAAAGCCUAAAGCAUAUAUCCAAUGGGUUGCUAGAUCUCCUGCCCAUAACAGCCCUGUCAGCGUCGAAGUACAUAACUUUAACCCUCUCUUUAAAUCGGCUAAUCCUGCUGGACACCCAGAUGGGUUCCUGGCAGACAUAAACCCCGACUCUGAGGAGAUCUUUCCCAACGCAAUUAUUGAGGCUGGGUUCCAUGAAAUUAAAGAGAGGGCCCCAUGGCCUGCUAAUAAGGGAGAAGCGACUGCCGAUAAACCGUCUCCUGCCUCAGUCCGUUUCCAGGGCAUGCGUGUUGCAUAUUUCUGCGAGGACAGCACAAGCACACCUGAGAAAAUUGUACUUAAUAGAAUUGUGACACUCAAGGAAGACGCUGGGAAAGCAUGA